UUUGCAGAGAGGACUGUAAGUAACAGUUUUGUCACUUUCAUUUGUAAAAGAAACAAUUAUUUACAAAAUCCUUUUCCUAUGCCUUAACCCCUCGAUUGCUCCCAACGUGUGUAUAAAUGUUCAUCGCCUGAAGCUUUGGACUCAUAACCGUUAAAGACUCUUCCCUUUUGUUUGCUUCACUUACUCAAAUCGUCGAGCUUUGAAAACGUAGCCCUUGCAGUGUGGGAUUCUGAUACCGAGUCCCACUAGCCUUGCCCAAAAUGUCAAAACCAACAGCCGUUUUCCUUAAAGUACAAUUCAAAGCCGUUUUCCUUGUGCUCCUUCUUAGCCAUGCAAGCUCCCAAUUUCAUGGAGCACAGGAACAAGCCAUAUUAGUCAAACUAAAACAGUAUUGGCAAAACCCUUCGUCCAUCGGCCACUGGAUGCUGUCAUCAAACUCCACCAACCAUUGCAGCUGGCCUGAAGUCACUUGCAUUAACAACUCGGUCACCGGGUUAUACCUUGCCAACAAGAGCAUCAACGGCACGAUCCCAUCUCUCAUUUGUGAGCUCCAGAACCUUGCAUCCAUUGAUCUUAACUACAACAACAUCAUGGGUGAAUUUCCUAAAACUCUCUACAACUGUUCCAAACUUGAGUACCUGGACCUCUCUCAGAACUAUUUCGUCGGCACGAUCCCUGCUGACAUCGACACACUAAGCCGGCUCCGGUACUUGAACCUUAUUGUUAAUAAUUUUACCGGUGAAGUUCCUGCCGCCAUUGGAUCGUUGCAAGAGCUAAUUACCCUGCAGCUUGUUAAAAACCAGUUCAAUGGUUCUCUCCCGCAUGAAAUUGGCAACUUGUCCAAGCUUGAAAUUCUGGGGUUAGCAGAUAAUUCAGAGUUCGAGCCGUCUAAGAUUCCUUCAAGUUUCAAAAACUUGACGAAGCUGAAGACGUUAUGGAUGUCUGGAACUAAUUUAGUCGGUGAAAUACCCGAUUUCAUUGCAGACAUGACAGCUCUAGAGAUACUGGAUUUAUCUAGCAAUAGACUAACGGGGGAAAUCCCAAAUGCUUUGUUCUUGUUGAAGAACUUGAAGGAGAUACAUCUUUUCAACAACAAGCUAUUUGGAGAGAUUCCCCAAGUGAUUCGAGCUUCCAAUCUGACCGCAAUUGAUCUUUCUCAAAACCACUUGACCGGAAGAAUCCCGAGUGAUGUUGGAAAACUCGAAAAGUUAUCAAGUUUAGUUCUGUUUUUCAAUAAACUGUCGGGCGAAAUUCCGGAAAGCAUUGGACAAAUCUCCAGAUUGACAGACGUUAGAUUGUUUGGCAACAGACUGUCGGGCACUCUACCUCGAGAUCUUGGUCGGUACUCGAUGCUCGAAAGAUUCGAGGUUUGUUCUAACAGGCUUACGGGGACGUUGCCUAAGCAUUUAUGCGAUGGAGGUAAGCUGCUUGGAGUUAUAGCUUUUGACAACAAUCUUACAGGAGAAUUGCCAACGUCACUUGGUAACUGUAAUAGUUUACUAAGGGUCGAAAUUGGCCGGAAUGGUCUCACCGGAAGCAUUCCAGGUGGACUAUGGUUAUCUUUGAACUUAUCAAUGUUAACGAUAAGUGACAACAUGUUCACCGGUGAGCUUCCCCGAAGAGUGUCAGAUAAUCUCUCCCGACUUGAUAUCAGUAACAACAGGUUUUCCGGAGAAAUCCCCAUUGAAGUGAAGCUAUGGAGGAAUCUUGAUGUGUUUUAUGCCAGUAACAAUUUCUUCAAUGGUACAAUUCCAAGAGAAUUAACAGCUCUUCCUUCUCUGUCAACUCUUUUGCUUGAUCAAAACCAACUCCAUGGUUCCCUUCCAUCAGAUAUAGUCUCAUGGAAGUCACUCAGAACUCUAAACCUCAGCAAAAACCAACUUUCUGGACAAAUUCCAGAGGCCAUUGGUUUUCUACCGAGCCUUAACCAGUUGGAUUUGUCUGGAAACCAAUUUUCUGGCCAAAUUCCUUCUCAACUUGGUCUUCUAAAGUGUACUGACUUUAACCUUUCUUCCAAUCAUCUCACCGGGAAUAUUCCGAAAGAGUUCAACAAUGGUGCCUAUUCCGACAGCUUCCUAAACAAUCCUGGUCUCUGUGCUACCACUGCAAAGGUAAAGCUACACAUUUGUGGUUCACAAAGAAACUCAAACUUGAGUUAUCCUCGAGAUCUUAUUUGGAUUUCGAGUAUAGCAGUUUUUGUACUGUGUUCGUUAGUUUCAUUCUUGGUCACUAAAUUUUGUUGGAAGAGAAAUCACGUAUUAGAUUCGAAGUGGGAGCUCGUCACAUUCCAAAUGGUAACUUUCACGACAAAGGACAUUUUGUUGGGAUUGGAAGAUCAAAAAAACAAGAUCGGAGCCGGGGGAUCAGGAGAAGUAUACCGUGUUGAUGUAUCCGGCCAUGACGAUUUCGUUGCUGUUAAGCGGAUCCGGAAUAAGAAAAGGCCGGAGAGGGAAUUGGACAAGGAGUUCCAAGCUGAAGUUAUGACAUUGGGCAGAAUUAAGCAUUCAAACAUUGUGAAACUGAUGUGCUGCAUGUCGAGCGAGGAUUCGAAACUUCUUGUUUACGAGUACAUGGAGAAUGGUAGCCUAUACCAAUGGUUGAAUAAGCAUCGAACAUCAGGUAUUAUCUUGGAUUGGCCCAAGAGAUUCGGAAUUGCAGUUGGGGCAGCACAAGGACUCUGCUAUAUGCACCAUUAUUGUUCUCCACCCAUUAUUCAUCGAGAUGUGAAGUCGAGCAACAUCCUCUUAGACUCCGAAUUCAAUGCGAAAAUUGCCGAUUUCGGUCUUGCUAAGAUGUUGAUCAAACAAGGAAAACCAGCAACAAUAUCCGCCGUGGCUGGCUCGUUCGGCUACAUUGCCCCUGAAUAUGCUCGCACCAAGAGAAUCAAUGAGAAGAUCGAUGUUUAUAGCUUUGGAGUCAUCCUUUUGGAGCUAACAACGGGACGAAAACCGAAUCGUGGAGAUGAACACAGAUCACUUGCAGAAUGGGCUCAACAUUACUAUGUAGAAGGCCACUCGAUAUCAGAUGCAUUAGAUGAAGAUGUGAAGGAAGCUUGUCACUUGAAUCAAAUGUGCAAUGUCUUCAAACUUGGUCUUUAUUGUACUAGAGCCUUGCCUUCAUUAAGACCUUCCAUGAAAACGGUUCUGCAAAUCUUACUCCAAAACGGUCAUCCCCCUGACUACCAAAGCAAGAAUGCUGAAAACUUGAAAGACAGAAGCACCUUGUGUGACGAUAUUGUUUAUUCAGUAUGACUUGUACAAUUA